AUGUAUUUCUUCAAAGCAUCCCUUACUUCAGUCGCCGCAUUCGUCGCAUAUACCCAAGCUACAUAUCUUAAUAACGAUUUAAGUUUCGGUCAUGAUGGAAAGAUCUCUCCAAAUGGUCGCGCCAUUCCCAAUUUUCAUAUGAUAGGACAGCCAAACUAUCCAGAUAUCCUCAGUAAUCGAAUCGUUCUUACACCACCUGCACCAGGAAAUCAAAGAGGUGCUGUAUGGACGGAAAAGAAGUUGCAACAUUCACAAUGGGCAGCAGAUAUCGAAUUUCGUGCUACUGGUCCGGAGAGAGCAGGUGGUAACUUGAAUAUCUGGUAUGCUAAGAAUGAGGAUAUCAAAGUCUCAAGCAUAUACACGGUCGGAAAGUUUGAUGGGUUAGCUUUGGUUAUUGACCAAUAUGCUGGAUCUGGUGGUUAUAUUCGUGGAUUUCUGAACGACGGUACAACUGAAUACUCUUCUCAUCACUCUGUCGAUUCCCUCGCAUUUGGCCAUUGCCCCUAUUCCUACCGAAACCGAGGUAUCCCAUCCAAAAUUCAUAUCCGCCAAACUGCCGAUAACUUCAAAGUCGAGGUUGACGGUGCCUUGUGUUUCCAAUCCAAUAAGAUCAAGCUACCUUUAGGUUAUGUCUUUGGAGUUACUGCCGCUUCUGCAGAAAAUCCAGAUUCUUUUGAAAUCUUCAAAUUUGUCGUUACAACCGAUUCCCAUACUCCAGAUGAUCAAAUUCAAAAUCCAGGGAAUCAAAAUCAACAACAAUUCCAAGCUGCCAAUAAUCCACCCCAAGCUGCCAAUAAUCCACCCCAACAACAGCAAAACCAACAUGGUCAACAACAAAAUCAAGGAGGACUUACCAUGGAUACACCUGGCGAAACUCCCGCAUCAGACUAUAAAUCCUCGGAUGCGCAAUUCGCAGACCUCCACAAUCGUCUCCAAGCAAUGAUGAAACAUAUCACAGCUCUUAACCGCGAUUUCUCUCAAUACCAAGCAAACUCCAUUUCUCGUCUUGAAGCUCUUAAUGGAAAUCUCAAUACUCUCUCCUCCACAAUCUCUAGACUUGAAUCCUCUCUCUCAAAGCUCGAUUCUGUUUCUGGUCUGGAAAGAAAUCUGAGAGAGGUAGCCAGUGAUGUUAAGAGCACCAAAAAGGAAUUACAUGAAGCAUUGGAUGCGCAUGUAUUAAGUUUGAAGCAGAGAGUGGCGGAAAGUCAUGGCAGUGUACUUGGAACGGUGGGAGAAGGAUUGAAAAAUCAUAGAUCAGGGAUCGGAUAUGCGGGAUUGGCGUUUGUGGUGGUGGGUAGUCAGGUCGGAUUGAUUGUCGCUUAUGUGUUGUACAAGAAGAGGAAGAAUGGGGGACAUAAGAAAUAUUUGUGA